AAAAUGUUUAAGAGUAGCUAAGGACUUCCUCUUUGGGUUAGAAUUCUCUCUCUCUUCUCCGCAUAGUCGCUAAGUCGCAUGACUCGCAUCUUCAUCUCCUUCCUCCUGCAAUAGCAUCCCCAUCCCCGCAAUUUGACAACAAAAGCAGCAUCUUUAGUUGUAGCUGUAUCUCUACUUAGCGGCGCUUCUGCCAACCACCUCUCCUUCUCUGCUGCUGCUAUUCUCGAUAAAAUGUCAGCAUAUGACAAUGUUAUUGGGGGUAAGUUGAAACUUAAAGGAAAAGCCUUGGAUGUGAAGACUGGUGGCGUAAAGAAGAAGAAGAAACAAAAGAAACAGUAUGAUGAAGUUUCAGAAACAAAAGUGGAUGAAACGUUGGACGGUGGAAGUGCCGAAGCUUUAACUCUUACUAAUGAAGAGGAGAACGGUAACAACGAAUCAGACAAGUCAACCGGGAAAGGGAAGGCCCCAAAAUUUGCUGAUCAUCUGACUCCAGCUGAAAAACGAUACAUAGAGCAGAGAGAGCAGCUUGAUGUCCAGAAGUAUUCUAAAAUGUCUAAGAAUUCCCACCGUGAUCGUCUAGAUGAUUUCAAUCAGUAUUUAGCCAACUUGAGUGAGCAUUAUGACAUUCCUAAAGUUGGCCCUGGCUAAGUAUCUUCUUUAUUUUCACAUUGCAAAGCAGUUAAAUGUCAACUCCUGUACAUUGGGCAGUUAAUUGUUUUUAGGUUUCUGGUUUAAAGAUUAGUAUUCAGAAUUCUCCUGUAAUCAGAACUUGUAGCCUUGUACCAAAUAUUGUCUUAAUUUUACCGUGAGACUGUUACUGUCCUGCA